AAACCUUAAACCCCGACUGCAAAAAUGGCUACACUCCAGCUCGCAGUGCACCACCGCUCUCACUCCUUCGCCCUAAACCCUCACACCGCCGUCAAAUUAUCCUCUUCAAAAACCCAAUUCCCCCACAAAUUACGACCCCCAAAAUCCUCCUCCGGCGAGACUCCCUCAGCCCCCCGCCGCCGCGGCAGCAAGAAAUCCACCCCCACCGCGUCGCCGCCUUCGCCAUCGUCAUCCAAGAAGAAACCCAAGCGGCACACCAAAGCAGACGAAGCCCCGAGCACCCCCACAGUUCCCGACCAAAUCCCCGACGCCGGCGACGAGCUGUACGACUUCGACGACGGCAUCGACUUCCCGUACGAGGAUCCGCCGCUGUUGUGCUGCAUCGGGGCAGCCCGGAAGGAGUUCCUGCCGACGGUGAGGGUGUCGGAGGACCAGAUGCACCCGGACAUGUACUCCCAGUGGAAGAUGCUCCAGUGGGACCCGCCGGAAUUCGCGAGGGCCCCCGGCGGCCCGCCGUCCAACGUAGCGAUCUCCCACGCAAGGCUCGGUGGCCGAGCGGCCUUCAUCGGGAAAGUCGGGAGGGACGGGCUCGGGGAGGAGCUUGUGCUGAUGAUGAACAAAGAGAAGGUGCAGACGAGAGGGGUUAAGUUUGACGAGAGCUCGAGGACUGCGUGCAGCCACAUGAAGAUUAGAUUUGACGAGGGGAAAAUGUUGGCCGAGAUGGUCAAGGAAUGCGCGGAGGAUUCUUUGCUUGGGUCGGAGUUGAACCUCUCUGUGCUCAAGGAGGUCUUAGAUGAGCAAUGGAAAUUAAGUUAUUAUUGGUUUAGAGCUUUUCUUGGUCGUGCGGCCCGAAUGCUCCACUUGACCUCCGACACCCUCACCUCACCCUCCACGAGAUCCGCCCUCCUCCGAGCCAUUGCUUGGUCCAAAAAAUUCGGCGCCCUCACAUUCUUCGACCCGAACCUCUCCCUCCCUCUAUGGAAAUCCCGAGACGAAACCCGGGCCAUCAUCAAGCCCGCGUGGGACCAAGCCGACAUCAUCGAGGUCACGAGGCAAGAGCUCGAGUUCCUCCUCGACGAGCCUCGCUACCAACGCAUCCGAAACUACAAACCCCAAUACUACGCGGAGAGCUACGAAGAAAUGAAGAGCCGUCGAAAUUUCCACCACUACACGCGAGAGGAGAUCGAGCCUCUUUGGCACGACGGGCUCAAGUUGCUUUUCGUGACGGACGGUACUUUGAGAGUGCAUUAUUAUUCGCCAGUUUUCGAUGGGGUGGCGGUGGGGACGGAGGAUGUUUUGAUAACGCCGUUUACGUGCGAUAGGACGGGUUCGGGAGAUGCGGUUGUGGCGGGAAUUAUGAGGAAGUUGAUGAUUUGUCAUGAGAUGUUUGAGGAUAAGGAUGUUUUGGAGAGGAAUUUGAGGUUUGCGAUUUCGGCCGGGAUUAUUGCGCAGUGGACGAUUGGGGGAGUUCGGGGGAUGCCGACUGAGAGUGCGGCGCAGAAUCUUAAGGAGCAAGUUUACGUGCCGUCCAUGUGG